CCCUCUCCAUAUUUUCAAUUCUAGCUUCAGUGUGUUAUUGUGUCUCUUGCUAGAAAGACAACCGAUAAUAUAUUUUUCCGAAAUAACAUUUAUAAUUCAUUAAAAUAUAUAUAUCUUUAUACACUUGGAAUUUUUUUAGAUUCAUCAUCGAUCUGCAAGUUGUUGAUGCGAUUUAUCUAUUAAAUUAUAAGUGUAGUUACGAUUAAAUACAAAUAUGAAAGCUUUGAGUAUUCUGAAAUAUACUAAUAAAUCGUGGAGUAUUCUCCAAAACAGAUCAAAAGAUAUCAUGUGUAUCAACAGAAUCGUUAGACCAAUGUCAACGGUUGAUUCUAAGGAACUUGAACGUUUUUCUUCUUGGGACAAAACAUUGUGGUGGAACUUGAAUGGCCCAAUACAUUUUCUUCACUUUUACAAUCCGUUCAGAAUACAAUUUAUAAAGAAUGGAUUGAUAAACGCUGGAUUCAUAGUGCAAAAUCCAGAUUUGCCGCUAGAAGGAAUCAAAAUUGUGGACGUUGGUUGCGGUGGUGGUAUAUUGAGCGAGAGUUUAGCUAGAAUAGGUGCGCAAGUAACUGGAAUAGAUGUAGAGCCGAAAGCAAUAGAUGCGGCUAAACAGCACGCAAAGCUUGAUCCCGAUAUAUUAAAGAGAGUAAAUUAUAUACAAACAACCGUAGAAGAGUUUUCCCAAGAACAGAAAGAAACAUACGAUGCUGUUGUAACUUCUGAGGUCGUGGAACAUGUAGCGGAUCCAGAACUGUUUUUAAAGGAAUGUGUAAAAAUGGUGAAACCUGGUAAAUCAAUUUUUAUUACGACAAUAAAUAGAACAUUAACAUCUUGGUUGUCUACUAUUAUAAUAACUGAGUACAUUAUGAAUAGAAUACCUCGUGGUACUCAUGAAUGGAAUAAAUUUAUUACUCCACACGAAGUUGAACGUAUAUUAGAAAAUUAUGGUUGCAAAACGAUAUCGACUCGUGGCAUUAAAUAUAAUUCAUUGUUAAAAAAAUUUGCUUGGUCGUCAUCUACAUCUACUUUUUAUUUACUUCAUGCAAUAAAACAAAAAAAUUAAUACGUAGUUUCCUUUUGUGCAAUAAUACUAACGUGGAAUAACGAGAAAUAAGUUACAUAUAUGGAAAGUUAUCGUGAAUCAUUUACAAUUAAUUGGCAUUAUUGAAUACCUUCUUGUAAACGACUUAACGAACUUAACUUAAUUAAAAUAAUAAUUUUAUGAAUACUAAUGUCAUUUU